AUGCGCUCGCCACCCAUGGAAGGCUUGCAGCAGAACCCCCACGCUCCGCUCCGCCUUCUCUCCCUCGAUGGAGGGGGAGUGCGCGGCCUCUCGAGCUUGAUGGUCCUGGACGACCUGAUGGAGAACAUUGCACACCAGGAAAAACGCUUGGGGAAACGCGACCCCAAGCACACCAAGCCCCUCAAGCCCUGCGACUACUUUGACCUGAUCGGCGGCACCUCAACUGGCGGCAUCAUCGCCGUCCUGCUCGGGAGGCUGCGGCUCGACGUCAAGCAAUGCAUUCACAUCUACACAAAACUGGCCGAGGCCAUCUUUAAGAAGGACCGCUCCGUCACCUUUCUUGGAAUGAAGCUGCCGACCGGCCCUACCCGCUUCUCUGGUGCCGUCCUCGAGGCCGCCAUCAAGUCCGCCCUCGUCGAGCUGGGCUACAAGGAAGACGAGCCCAUGUGGGAUGACUCGUUGUUUGAGGAGAUCAUUGAGCCAUUCGAUCUACACGGUGAGAGCAUCUGGGCCGACCAGCCUACCCCGCCACGGUUCACCGAAUCGCCCGAGGAGAGCUUCAGCAUUCCGAAAGAGAUGGAGGAAUCGCACACAACCCUGUGGCAAAGCUACAGCAGCAAAAUUUCCAGGGACCUGGACGCCCUUUCAAUCCAAUCAAAGGAUGGUGUGACGAGGAGAAACACUUUCCGCGUGCACCCCAAAGGCUCUGUUCACCGCAGGCCAAACCGGAAAGGAUGCCGCACCUUCGUCGUCACCACCCUCAAGAACGCCCUCGGCCUGCCGCGCAUCAUCUCCUCCUACGACCCGAAUGACCGGCAAACGAAGAUUUGGGAAGCGCUGCGUGCCACCUCCGCAGCGCCAACCUUCUUCGAGGAGAUGACGUUCGGCACGCCGCGCAUGUCCUACCUCGACGGUGGCGUAGGCUUCAACAACCCGUGUGCCGAGGUCGACUACGCCGCCAAGUCCAUCUGGGAAGGACGGCCCAUCGGUGUCAUCGUGUCCAUCGGUACCGGACUCCAGACCAUCCCCUCGGUAAAGAAGAUAGCCAGCUGGCUCCCGUUUGGCUUGGGCACCGACAUCGCGCUGGCCUCCGCGCUGGCCUCGAUGGCAACGGGCACGGCGCGCGUCGCCAACGAAAUGCAGCGCAUGUACUACGGCUCGCCGACUCGUUAUACCCGCUUCGACGUCGAGAGCGGACUGGCCGAUGUGUCGCUCGAGCAGUGGAUGAAGGAGGACGAGAUGGCAGCGCUGACGGAGCAGUACAUGCGCGACCCGUCCCAACUCCUGCGAGCGCGCAAGCUCAGCGAACUCAUGGUCAAACUAUCAGCACUGCCGCCAAAGUUCGAGAUCGGCGCGCUCGCCUUCCGUUGCGGCAUCGCGGGCAGGGGGCUUGUCGAUGGUGAGUUCGUGUCCGAGGAGCUCGACUUCAAGACGGGCUUCCCGCUCGGCGUCAGGCCCACCCUCAGUGACCACCAGCGCCUCGCCGAGAACCGCGAUGCUAGCCCCUCGGGCAAGGCCGGCCUCGCCGUCGACCCACGCAGUGGACGGUCUCAGAAGAUCCUGCCCGUGGCCGUUGACCUGGAUGGCGAUGGCCGCCGUGAGGAGAGCGCGGUGCUGACAUGCCGGCACGCGGAGAACGUGUGCCUGCGUGCACUACGCACCGGCAUUCCGCCCGGCAAGUACCGUGUCAAAUUCAUUGUCUGCUUCUUCGACCCCGUAAAGAGCAUAUUCGCCGGCGCCAACCCGGCGGCCGGAGAGAGUUCUGCCAGCGGCGGCGAGCACAUGGACGUGGCGGCAGACAACAUCCGCCCUCCGACCGAGCUCGUCUUCUCGGUCGGCAAGCCGUUCGACACCAAGACCUUCGGCAGCCGUUACGUCGAUGUCAAGAUCACGCCCGAUAUCGUGCCCGUGCUGCUGCAUCCAGAUGCCGUUCGCGUCCGCGUCGGCCGCACGCGCUACGCGGACAGGAAAGGCCGGGGCUGGAUUGAGGUCACGGGCGACGUCGAGGUCGAGGUGGGCUUGGACGGCGCCCUGGGCCUGAUGGUGACGAAGAAGUUUGAAGAGGGCGUCCAUGUGGGCGGGUGGAGCUUCGGCGGCGUACGGCUGGAGCCUGUUUUCGACGAGUGA